AUGAGCGGUAAUCUGGACAUGGUGUCAAUUAACGAAACGAUUGAGUGCAACGCGAUCGCCUUCCCAAAAGCACGCAUCACUUGGCGUCAGGAGAGCAGUCCUGACCCAAAAGUGAACAGAAAGUUGCUCAUCCACUUGAACAAGAUUGUGAUUACCGUUUUCGAUCCUCCUGGUGUCUACUCGGUGAUCUGCGAGGCCAGAAAUAAGCAUGGUCAACGCCGGUUGGCACACCAGUUUAUGAUCAACAACCCACGCUACAUACGCCAAGGGACCCAGUUCAGCAUAUACAUUCUUGUGCUUAUCUGUAUUGUGGCACUCUUUUCUUUCACCGUCUGUGGCUACUUCCUGACCACAUAUGAUUUCUGCAUACAGCCACGUGUUUGUGAUGAAUACUUGGCUCAAAAGUCAGACAUAUUGGCUCAAUAA